AUGCUGGCCGCUAACCACGCACGCUCGACGCCUGCAGUUUGGGAGAAGAAGUACACCCAGGACCACGAGUGGAUUGAGCUGGCCGCCGACGGCAAGACUUUCACCCUGGGAAUCUCCAACUACGCCGCCAACGCGCUGGGCGAUGUCGUCUUCGUCGAGCUGCCCGUCCCCGACACCGAAUUUAGCGGCCACGAUGCCAUUGGCGCCGUCGAAUCGGUCAAGAGCGCCUCCGACAUCCUGACCCCGCUGCCGGGUAAGGUUAUCGAAGUCAACAAGGACCUGGAGGCAAAGCCGGCCACCAUCAACAAGAGCCCCGAGGGCGACGGUUGGAUCGCAAAGCUGGAACUGGCUGAAGGCGCCGACCCCACCGAGGGCUUGAUGAGCGCCGAGGAAUAUAAGACUUUCACUGAGGAAUAA